AUGUUCACACCUGUGGAUAUCCGGAGUGGACAUGGCGAUCAACGCUCUAGCCGUCAUAAAGAAUCGUCACACGGGACAAAAGAUAGUAAAUCAUCGUCAUCUGUGCCCCUUGCCGCUUCAACUCAAGAUCGACCAUUUAAAGACAAACAUCAUCCAUUGUUAAUUGCUAUAUGGAAUACAGAUCGAACGCAAACCGAUACAAAUGAAAAACUCAAGGGUAUUCGAGAUUUAAUACGAAAGGGCACAAAUCCAUCAGUGCAAUGUGAAAUAUUACACGAACAAACUGGCACACCAAUUGCUCAAGUAUCACCACUUAUUAUUGCCUGUUUCGAAGGAGAUCUUGAUAUCAUUCGAUUUUUAAUUGAUAAUAAUGCUGAUCCAAAUCAGACUGAAAGUGAACAUCAUUUAACACCAAUUCAUGUUUUGUGUGAUGCAGAAUAUCAUGGUCAAAGUUUACGACAAAAAGAUCGUGCUGAAUUGAUACGAGCAUUAAUUAAAAAUGGGGCACAGGUCAAUCAUUUAGAUCGAAGUUCUAUGGCCGCAAUUCAUAAAGCUGUUAUUCAUGAUAGACCUGAUUGUGUUGACGUCUUGAUGGCCGCUCAUGCUGAUCCAAACGUGGCAUUUAUGGGCGAUACUCCAUUAAGUAUUGCAGCUCGACAUAAUCGAAGAAAAAUCGUCCAGAAUUUAUUGGAACAUAAAGAAACGAAUGUUAAUCAUCGAAAUGAUCAGGGAGGUACAGCAUUACAUUUUGCAAGUGCAGGUAUCGUCGAUAGUCCAGAAUGUGUUGAUUUAUUACUAAGUCAUGGAGCUAAAGUGAAUGCACAAGAUCUCAAAAAUAAUACAUCGACAAUGGUUGCUUGUUUUUUCAAUAAACCUCGUAUACUACAAACGUUACUUAAGGCAGGAGCUGAUGUAACAAUACGUAAUAAUGAAGGUAAAGAUGCGUAUGAUGUUGCUGCAGAAAAAGAAUUUGAUGAAUGCAAAGAAAUUGUAGCAAGAGCAUUAGAAAAAAGGGGUAUAAAACCAGGCAAAAAAGAUACAACAGAUAAAUUAGCGGAAGAUGUUGAUAAAUUAAAAUUAAAACGAGAUAAAUAG